CAGACAAGUCCUGUGGAGGAGGAGCAUAUGACAACAUCAAACCAGAGCUAAUCAAAUAAUAUGACUGCAAAAUUCCAUUAAAAACAUUCUCAAAGUCGUUUCUGUCGUAUUUAACAAGUCCUGUGCAGGAGGAGCAUAUUUGUAGAGAAGAGUUCUGGUGAAGGAGAAGAAUAAAGGAAGGCAUGGCGGCUCAAUCGUUUAACCUUUAUCGUCUGAAUACCUUCUCAUACCCUCAUCUUAGGUCAUUGGUAUCCACAAAAUCAAGGAAUGGAAUUGCUCGGAGAAGGAUGUUCAACUCUUACUCGUCUUCUGCAGGUUCAGAAAUAGAACUUGAUGUGGGCCACAACCAUCCUGAGUUUGAAUAUGAUGAGAUCAUAAGUAAUAAUAAUAAUAAUGCUAAAGUCUUAGAGAAAGAUACUGCGUUACGCUCAGCUCUCUCACAUCUUGCAUGCGACAAUGGGACAGAGUCAAUGUUAUCAUUACAUCGUUUCUUUGGUGCUCGCUGUGCACCUGUCAUAUCAACCGGAUCAAUUAAUCUUGAUCAAGCUCUAGGCAUUGGAGGAUUACCAAAGUUAAUCAGGGUAUCAGGAUAUCUUUCAAAAUAUCUAUGUUUUGCUGUGGAGGGUAUUAGGGUAAGCCCGUAUUUGUGUGAAUCAGGGUGUAUACAACAAUGACUGCGCAAAUGUGCUUGCAGUUUUGCUGAUAACUUUGACAAAGUUUGCAUACAUGUUGGGUAUUUUUUGCCAAGAUUACAGAAACUAACUUUCCAGAGUCCACUCUUAACGAGGAAACAUGUUUUUUAUUAAAUGAACAUAUGAGUUUCUUUGAAGUGUAUGAAGCCAUAUGGUUCUCACUUGCUCAACUUAAUGAUUACUUUUCUAAUUUAUUAAACAUAUGACGAGAUUACACGAAGUCAAGAACCAAGAACAGACACUUUUCUUAGCACCAUUGAUAUGAUGCAAUAUGCGCUCCAAAUCACACAUUUUACGAAUCAAGAAUGUAGACUUCAUCUUGAAGGAAAUUUGCUUGGUGAAGGGUCGAAUUGUUGAAAUAUAUGGCCAAGAAGCAUCAGGCAAGACAACUCUUGCACUUCAUGUGAUCAAAGAGGCUCAAAAACUUGGAGGUUAUUGUGCAUACCUUGAUGUUGAGAAUGCAAUGGACCCCUUGUUUGCAGAAGCAAUAGGUGUAAAUACAAAUAAUCUCCUUAUAUCCCAGCCAGAUUCUGCUGAAAACCUGCUGAGUGUAGUGGAUACUCUUACAAAGAGUGCAUCCGUAGAUGUUAUUGUUGUUGAUAGUGUCGCUGCUCUUAUUCCCCAACUUGAAAUUGACGCUUGUAUUGGUGACUCCUACAAAGAUGUACAAUCCAAAAUUAUGACAAGAGCACUACGUAAAAUCCAUUAUUCACUCUGCAAUUCAAGUGCUCUUAUUAUUUUUAUUAACCAGGUGAGAUCAAAAGUGAAGCAACCAUCUAAAAGUUUUGGAUGUGCAGAGGAAGUAACAUGUGGUGGAAAUGCGUUGCCAUUUUAUGCUGCUGUGCGGUUAAGAUUGAUUAGAAAAGAAUUGCUAAAGGCUAAUGACACGAUUAUUGGUCUUGGGAUCUCCGUGCAAGUGGUUAAGAACAAACUGGCUCAUGGGGCAAAGUCAAAUGCUGAAGUGAGACUAAAGUUUGGGAAAGGCAUUUGCAAUGAGAUUGAGGCCUUGGAGUUGGGGUGUGAAUGUGGAGUCAUUUUACAAGAAGGGAAUGGGUAUUUCAUUGAGGGGGAGGUCUUAAACAGCAAAGAAGAAGCCGAAGCCUAUUUGGCCGAAAAUGGUGUGGUUCUAGAUAGUGUUAUAAAAUCCUUGAGAACACAUUUGUUCAGGAGAUGAGGGGGUCAUUGUAACAAAGACCAAAAUGACCUUUUAACAUAUCAAACAUAAUCAUCAUAUUCAGAAGCUCUGUCUUUUUGGGUAGGGCCAGUGAAUCAGGGCAUUUGAGUGCUGGAAGAUCGUUGACUGCGACUUCUAAUGCUUCUUGUCAUUUGCCAGUAAGAAAGAAUGGGAUAUAGCAACGCAGUCUCAUCAUAUGCAACUCUUUUACUCCCUCCGUUUCUGUUUGUUUGACACACUUUCUUUUUUUGGAUGUUUCAAAAUGAAUGUUACACUUCCUUAUUUCCUUAUUUGGUAAACAAAUCUUUACCAAAACAGUGCAAAACAAUGCUAAACAAUGUCAAACAGUGUUCGAACAGCGUCAAACAGUGUUCGAACAGUGCCAAAACAGUGUACUCUAUAGUAAAAUUUACCCCUCAGUAACAUUUUUUCCUUA